AUGAGUUAUAUAACACCAGAAGAGCAAAAGGCCAGCAUAAGCAUUAAAGGUAUGUGUUCACAAUUGGCCAUCAAUUUAGCCCUGGGCGCCGGCACUCUCGUAAUAUUCGGGUUCCUGAGACCUAGGAAUGGAGUUGUUUAUGCGCCUAAACAAAAAUAUUCGUCAGAAAAGAAGCAACCACCAAAGAUCGAGAACCACGGAUUAUUUUCAUGGGUUAGGCCGGUAAUGUCAUCAACAGAUGAUGAACUAAUAGAAAAAAUUGGAUUAGACGCCGUAAUGUUUUUAAGGUUUAUUAAGAUGUGUAGAAACAUGUUCUGUUGGUUGUUUAUAAUCGGAUUGGCAGUUAUCGCUACAAAUAUAUUUGGUACAAUUCAAGAUCGUAAAGGAUUUCCCGCAACCGAUAAUCCAUUAAAAUAUCUUAGUAUAUCAUAUUUAAGAAAGAAACAUUGGUUUUGGGCACAUGUGGCAUUUACGUGGAUAUUUUCAUUAUUAAUAUUUCGGUUCUUAUAUGUCCAAUACAAAGAAUAUACAAAAUUAAAAAAAGAUUAUUUUCGAUCAGAAGAAUAUCAAAGUUCAUUACAUUCAAGAACUUUGUUGAUCACGGGGGUACCAACACACAUGCAAUCGGAUGAAGGAUUACAUAAGUAUAUCAAGGAAAUGUUAAAAAUUAAACAACCGAUAACACAAGCUCACAUAUCAAGGAAAGUUGGUAGAUUACCCGAAUUAAUCAAGGAACAUGAUCAAUCUGUUAGAAAGCUUGAAUCAGUAUUAACAAGAUAUUUAAAUAAUCCAAAUAGUAUUUCAAGCAAAAGGCCCAAACAUACGAUAGGUGGAGGCUGUAGUGGAGAGAAAGUUGAUAGUAUAAAUUAUUAUACAGCACAGAUACAAAGAUAUGAAGAAGAAAUUAAUCAUGAGAGAGAAAUCAUUAAAGAAAAGAAGGCAAUUAGUUAUGGAUUUAUCUCAUUUACUAAUAUUGCCGACGCGCAUUCAGUGGCCAAAAAAUUAGAAGGUAAAGUUCAUAUAGGAGAACCCGAAAUAAUGCUAGCACCAUGGCCAAAAGAUAUCCUUUGGCGUAAUUUAACGAUGACGAGCGCUGUCAGAAAGACAAAAAGAUUGACUGGAUAUGGAAUAUUUAUUUUGUUAUGUUUUUCUUGGUUGGGGCCUUUGACUGUAUUAUCAUCUGUAGCGCAACUUCAAAAUAUAGUUGAAAUAGCACCAUUUACCAAAAAGUUUCUUUAUUCAUAUGAUUUCAUAACAGGAUUAAUCGAAGCUUGGAUGAGUCCAUUAAUCAUGGCAGCGUUUUUUGUUGUCCUUCCUAAACUACUGAGGUUAUUAUCAAAGUAUCAAGGAAAAUUAACAAAAUCAUCAUUGGAUAGAUCGGUAUUAUCCAAGUUGUACCUAUUCUUUAUUAUCAAUAGUAUCAUCAUAUAUACAGUGUCUUCUACAGCAUUAGAUUUAUACGCUAAAGUCAAAGCCACGAUAGAUGCGGGCAAUACUAAUUUUAAAGAUUUCUAUAAAGUAAUUAAAGAAGCGGAAUUUUUAGAUCAAUUGGCAGAUUCAUUAAUCAAGGUUUCGACAUUUUGGAUAAAUUAUAUCAGUCUAAGAGGGGUUGGGGCCAUAUUCGAUUUGGCACAAAUAAUUUCUUUAAUAAUAACUUACGUUAAAAAAUUAUUUGUUCGACCUACUCCAAGGAAUCUUAAAGAAUUUAGUAGACCCCCAGAUUUUGAUUAUCCCGUUUAUUAUAAUAUUCAUUUAUUCUUUUUCACUGUUGGGAUUUUAUACAGCGUCAUAGCUCCUUUAAUCUUAUUUUUUUGCUUCGCGUAUUUCAGUUUGGCUUCUCUGGUGUAUAGAUAUCAAUUAAUGUACGUGUUUACGACAAAAAUUGAGACGGGAGGAACAUUUUGGAGGGUGGUAUUCAACAGGCUCAUCUUUUCAUUGAUCUUUUGGCAAUCAAUAAUGAUCGGAGUCAUGAAUUUGAAAGGAGCUCAUAUGCAAUCCCUAGCAUUAUUUCCAUUACCUUUGAUCGCGAUAUUGAUCAAGAUAAUAUGUUCCAAAAGAUUUGACGAACAAAUUCGUUAUUACAAACCAAAGACCGAACAUCAUAAUGGUUCCUUUAAUAACGCCCAUCAUAAUGAUAACAUUAGCAAUAGAUUUGGACAUCCGGCGUUCUCGGCCGAGCUAAUCACCCCAAUGGUACAUUCAAAUGUCAAACACUUGUUAAGGAAGGUAUAUAAUGGUAGGAUUGACGAGACCAAAGUUAGGAGAAGCGGUAUGAUUAAAUGUAUGUCAAUGAUCAAAAGUGAUCAUAAUCAAAAUAUCAACAUUCAAACGGUCGAAGAACAAGAAUUGGAUUGGGAUGAACAAGCUUACCACGAAGAACAAAGACCUGGUUAUUACGUAGAUUAUAAUGAUACCACAAGUGUUUAUUCUGGUACCACAUAUCAUAAUUCUGGUCCCCCUACCCCCACAACCAUGAAUUUUCCACAAAAAUACCAACAACAACAAUAUCCACCUCGUAACCCACCGUCAGAACUUAUUGAAUUACAGCAUGUGAAUCAUCUUAGAUCACCCCCUCAUAAUAUUAAUUAUCAGCAGCAAGGAACGAUAAACAAUACCCCUUUAUAA